AUGCAGGCCGUCCAUGUGGACAAAGGAUUUAUCCUUUCAUUCACAGCGCUGGCUUCCGUUGCCCUGCUGGUAGCUCUAGAUGGAACAUCUAUAUCAGUUGCCCUGCCAAUUAUUUCCAACAGGCUGGGUGGAACCGCAAUCCAAGCAUUUUGGACAGGGACUUCAUACUUACUAUGCUCUACUGUGCUUCAGCCCAGUUUCGGGUCCCUCUCGCAGCUUUUCGGGAGAAAGCCACUCAUCAUGCUGGCCCUUCUAUUCUUUGUUGUCGGUGCCAUUGUGGCCGCCACCUCGCAGAAUUUCACCAUCAUGAUUGUCGGACGGUCACUGCAGGGCGUGGGGGGAGGAGGUGUUGUGACACUGAUUGAGAUAAUCAUUACGGACUUGGUGCCAUUGCAGCUGCGUGGCCAUUAUUUUGGCAUGAUUGGAACAGUACUGAGCAUCGGCUCUGUGACGGGGCCAGUCGUGGGCGGCGGCUUCGCAGAGCGGGUUAUCUGGAGAUGGAUCUUCUAUAUCAAUGUUCCCAUCGCCGGAGCAUCCCUCUUCCUCAUACCUUCAAGCCUCAAAGCCCAUUCAUCCACUCCCGCUCCUCUAAAGGCGAAACUCCGAAGUAUCGACUACUCUGGAGUGGUUCUGUUCGUGGCCAGUAUGACUUCUUUCCUGAUCGGAGUCACCUGGGGCGGCGUAAUCUACCCCUGGCGCUCAGUCCAGACUUUCUGCCCAAUUUUCCUGUCCAUGAUCGGCAUGAUACUAUUCGCCUACCACGAGACCUCCCGAGCAGUCGAUCCAAUUAUCCCCAUUUCCAUAUUCGGCACGCCUACCGCAAUAGUAGGGUUCAUUGGUGUCACCGCGCAUGGCCUCAUCCUGUCGUGUGUCCUAUAUUACCUCCCUUUCUACUUCGAAGCCGUGAAAGGCUACACUCCGAUAUUGGCCGGGACUGCCCUUCUGCCACUCACAUUUACACUGUGUCCGAGCGCCAUUAUCGUAGGACUACUGAUUACCCGCUGGGGCCGCUACCGCUGGGCUGUGAUCAUCGGAUCCUUUCUUGCCUGUUUGGGCUCUGGCAUUCUUUGCAUCAUCAACACCCAUACAAGCGUGGCUGGAUGGGUCUGUCUAAUGCUUGUCCCUGGCCUCGGACUCGGGUUCCUUUUUCCUGCCCUAAUAUAUGUGAUCCAGACAUCUGCUGAGCCGCGUCAUUUGACCAUGGCGGUGGCUAUGUGCAGCUUUUUCCGGUCGCUGGGGCAGGCCGUCGGUAUCGCAAUCGGGGGUGUCAUCUUCCAGAACUGCAUGUACUCUAAUCUCAUGAAGUAUCCAGCUCAUGUGCCUCAUGCAGAUGAAUACAGUAGGGAUGUUGCUUCGUUGGUGGAGACCCUGCGGAUGAUGCCGGGAUCUGCGGCCAAAGAGGAUUUGAAGACGGCGUAUUCGGAUAGUCUACGCAUUGUAUGGGCUGUUUGUUGUGCUUUGGCAGGAUGCAGUGCACUCUUGAGCUGGCUCAUUAGAGACUAUAAUUUGAUAGCAGAUGAGCCUGUUCGGGAGGGGUGA